CUUUCAGUAGACCCGUUCGGCCAGCACCAUUUGGAGAAAAUCGACGGAACGCUAUCAGAUGGGAGUUUUGCGACAUGCUGUAGUUUCAAUCAUAAAGGCAGCUUCAUUGCUGUAGGAAAUCUGGACGGGGAAUGCGCCGUAUGGUCUUUGAACACCAGAGGAGUGACCCGAAAGCUUGUUGGGCACGUUCAUCGGAUUACUUCCAUCAGGCACGAGCUCCGACGCCGUUUUGCACUCCAAAUAUUUUCAUUCUGGACUGACUGCGGCCGCUAUCUUCUAACGAGCUCUGCGGAUUGGAAUUGCAUAGUAUGGGAUCUGGACGAUGGGUCUCGAAUACAAACUGUGCGGUUCGAAUGCCCUGUGGAUUAUGCGCAGAUACAUCCAGCACGGAGGUACUGCAGUUGCCGGUCGCUUGUUACGCAGAGGCGCUUGCUCACAGCGUAUUGCCACGACCCUCGCGCCAAAAAUGGUUCAUCGAGUCAGAUGCAACGUAUCUCGCUCCAUGCUUCUUUGCAAGUGGUACUGGCCAACUCGCAGGCACAACACGCAAGGACGAUAUGCUUUCAUCCAUCCGGAAAUGAGAUCCUGGUCGGAACGCAGAAGGGAUACAUCGUAACACUUGACGCCACAAAGUUUGAGGUAGGGCACGGGUCGAGCACCGCUAUAGGGCUACGGGACGAGGCGCUGAACAUCAACCCCAGGGAUCUUGUUGUCAAUGCAAAUGAUAAGACGAUACGAGUGUUCACGGUGCGGAUGGACGAAGGCAAAAUGCUUCUUGAGAACGAGCAGCGUUUCCAAGAUUCGGUUAACCACCUCAGCUGGAAGGAAUGCUUGUUCAGCGCUGAUGGAGAGUUUGUUAUUGGAGCAUCCGAUAUCACAUAUACCCAGCGGAUAUACAUAUGGAAUAGACAUGUCGGGAAUCUAGUGAAAGUGCUGGACAAGGACAAGGAUGGCUUAGUGCAGAUUGCGGCGCACCCGUACAAGCCGAUGCUAGCGUCAGUCGGAACGUCCGGAACGGUGGAUUUGUGGGGUCCUAGUUACAAACAACAAUACUCGGCGCUUUGUCCUGAUUUUGGUCUGUUGGAUGAGAACUUCGAGUACCAGGAAAGGGAAAGCGAGUUCGACGAGGUACAACAUGGCUACAUGAGGAUGGACGGGGGUACGCAUGUCAUGGUUGCAAUUGACGUGCAAUCACUAUGUGUACGCAGGAGGAAGAGCCGCCAACAAAAUCCAGCGAGGACGAAGAGCAGGAUCCGGAAAUCGAUAUCGUCACGAUCGCACAAGUGA